AAUUUCCUCGGGAGUCUGCGGCAGGGAAUAGUACUCCGGAGUAAAAUAAACGUGAUUUUUUUAUCGUGUGCGUGAGAAACUAAUCGAGCAAGACGGAAAAGUGUAGGGUUUGAUUCGUUUUACGGAAAACGGAGUUUUCCUGUAGCAUCAAGGGCCAGCGGCCAGGUGAUGCCUGCAUAUGUCUAGACUCGGAAGAACACAGCUUCUGGGCACAGCACAGGUGAAGAGGUCGUCCACGGACCACACGACGGCCACGGGUACGGUGCUAAACUUCGCCUCCACGAAGCGCACCAAACACUCCGCCUCGUCCACGGAGAUCGACGAGAUAGAGAAUAUGACGGACACAGCGGCUGCCACAACCAACACGCAGAAGAGGGCAAACUUCUCAGCGUUGACUGUCGCAAAUCCCAACGGAGUUAACAAGAUCACGCCGAGCUUAGCCAGUUCGAAACCAGGCUCGGCCAAAAAACUCAUCAUCAAAAACUUCAAAAAUAAACCAAAACUACCUGAAAACUACCAAGAAGAAACAUGGGAAAAAUUGCGGGAAGCCGUGGUGGCGAUACAAACGAGCAAAAGUAUACGUUAUUCCCUCGAGGAACUUUACCAGGCCGUCGAAAAUAUGUGUAAUCAUAAAAUGGCCUCAACACUUUAUUCUAAUUUAACAAAUUUGACGGAGUCCCACGUCAAGGCGAAUAUAGAGCAGUUCGUGGCCGAAUCUAUGGACAGACACAUUUUUUUGAAGAAAAUGAAUGAAUGCUGGCAGUCGCAUUGUCGGCAAAUGAUCAUGAUUAGGAGUAUCUUUUUAUACCUCGACAGAACCUACGUUCUGCAAAAUUCCGGCAUUUCUUCAAUUUGGGAGAUGGGACUUUAUUUAUUCAGGCUUCAUAUCGUUUUAAAUAACCUCGUACAAACACGAACUGUGGAAGGACUUCUCAUGCUCAUAGAAAAAGAACGACAAGGCGAUACGGUGGAUCGCACUCUUCUUAAAUCUUUACUCAGGAUGCUCUCCGAUUUACAAAUUUAUCAAGACGCCUUCGAAACUAAGUUCCUUCAAGCAACAGAAAGAUUGUACGCAGCGGAGGGUCAACGACUGAUGACAGAACACGACGUUCCCGAGUACCUGGCCCACGUAGAUAAACGCUUGCAAGAAGAAAACGAGCGUCUGUUACAUUAUCUCGAUACCUCCACAAAAUUUUCUCUCAUCCACACGGUAGAAAAACAAUUAUUGUCCGAACAUGUUUCGAGCAUUCUUCAAAAAGGAUUAAGUGGAUUAUUAGACGAAAAUAGAAUCCACGAUUUGUCCCUUCUUUAUAAUUUGUACAGUCGAAUCAAGAAUGGACUUGUAGAGCUGUGCUUAAAUUUCAAUAGUUACAUUAAGAAGAAAGGAAAAACGAUAGUGAUAGAUCCCGAAAAGGAUAAGACAAUGGUGCAAGAACUCUUGGACUUCAAGGAUAAAAUGGACAACAUAGUCAACACCUGUUUCCACAGAAACGAAAAGUUUGGAAAUAGUUUGAAGGAGGCGUUCGAGGCGUUUAUCAAUCAAAGAGCGAAUAAACCAGCCGAACUGAUAGCGAAGUUCGUGGAUUGCAAGCUUCGUGCAGGGAACAAAGAGGCGACUGAAGAAGAAUUGGAACGGUUACUCGAUAAAAUCAUGGUGCUGUUUCGGUUUAUUCAUGGAAAGGAUGUUUUUGAAGCGUUCUACAAAAAAGAUUUGGCGAAGCGUUUGCUAGUUGGAAAAUCGGCGUCCGUUGACGCUGAGAAGUCGAUGCUUUCCAAGUUAAAGCAGGAAUGUGGAGGAGGAUUUACGAGCAAACUUGAGGGAAUGUUCAAGGAUAUGGAGCUCAGCAAAGACAUUAAUAUUGCAUUUAAACAAUAUUCGGGAAAUCUACAGAAUGAACUAUCGGCGAGUAACUUGGAUUUGACUGUGUCGAUUCUUACAAUGGGAUACUGGCCAACUUAUCCUGUGAUGGAAGUUACUUUGCCCUUGGAAAUGGUCCAGUAUCAAGACGUAUUCAAUAAGUUCUAUUUAGGAAAACACAGUGGAAGAAAAUUACAGUGGCAGCCCACUUUGGGACAUUGUGUUCUCAAAGCCUGGUUCAAUCAGGGCAACAAAGAACUGCAGGUUUCCCUCUUUCAAGCGCUGGUUUUGAUUCUUUUUAAUGAUGCUGAUAAUUUAUCGCUGGAGGAUAUCAAAGCAGCUACGAAUAUAGAAGAUGGCGAAUUGAGGAGAACAUUGCAGUCCUUGGCGUGUGGUAAAGCCCGAGUUCUUCAGAAAACCCCGAGAGGCAGAGAUGUGGCGGACAAUGAUAGAUUCGUUUUCAACGCAGACUUUACUAAUAAGCUCUUCAGAAUAAAGAUCAACCAAAUCCAAAUGAAGGAAACUAACGAGGAACAAAAGGCAACGGAAGAAAGAGUGUAUCAGGAUCGGCAGUAUCAAAUUGAUGCAGCUAUUGUUAGGAUCAUGAAAAUGAGGAAAACUCUCACGCACAAUCUCCUUAUUAGUGAGCUAUAUAAUCAACUUAAAUUUCCUGUCAAGCCUGCGGACCUGAAGAAGCGAAUAGAGUCCCUGAUCGACAGAGACUACAUGGAGCGGGACAAGGACAAUGCAAAUCAGUAUAACUAUGUCGCGUAACCUCGACCGCAUGCCAAAGUCUCAACGAGGUGGAGGGAACAUCCUUACGUCGUUUUCUACAAAGACCAACUGGUUUACAUUGACGCUUGCCGUCCCCAAAGGCAAUUUCACAAAGAGAGAAUUAAAAUUUCUCGAUCGAGUCAGUGUUGCCUUGUGUUUUUUUUUAUUUUCAUCAAUUCGAGAAAUCGAAAGUCGGAAGAAACUAAAAACGUUGGACAGUGGACACUUAAAAGUAUGUCGUGAGCAGUGCUUUUAUUUACUUUUUUUGUCUUGAUUUUAGAUUCUGAUUGAGGGGGUGGGGGGGGGGGGCGAGGAAGUACAUGAGAGAAUAUCACUAGUAAUGUAUCUGUUUUUACAUAACAAAAGUUUUUUGUUUUUUCUACACUCCAGUUGAUUCGAGUUUAAAGAAAAUGACGGAAUAUUGUUUUCGUGAAUGGUGAAAACUCUUUUUGUGAAUUGUGAAAACUCUUUUCGUAAAUCGUGAAAACUCUUUUCGUCAUUUUUUUUCACUGUCGAGACUGGAAGAAAUCAGUGUGGAAAACGAUAUCGGUAGAAAGUGAAAUUAGAUCACAAGGCACCCUUGUAUUUACAGAAUGAUCGGUAUUCGAGGAAAUUAUUUUUCAGAAUACUUUCACGUGCCUGUUUCUUGAGAGAUUCGUAACUAAGAUUAUUUAUUGAAUACAACUAAUAAAAAAAUUAAAAAAUAAAAAAAGUGGACAGUAGCAGCAAUGAUAAAAUUGAGUCACGCGCUGUCCAGCUGCUUUUUGUAUAAUAACCUUCAACUUCGAAAUCUUACUUGACAGUAAAAUGUGGACGGAAAUUUUGCGCGACACAGAGGGAGAAAAGUGAUUUCGAAAAAAGAAAAUAAAAAUAUUAUUUUUUGCUUUUUAAUGCCAAACACUACCUUGGGCUUCGGCUUAAGCCGGAGGUGGUGUAUCAUUUUUGUUAAUUUGUACAUUACUUUCUAUUUUCUAAGCCUUAUGAUCUAACCACAAAUUGACUUUUGAUCGACUGAGUCGAGAAUAGAAUUAUAUUUCUUUAUCACCAAGAUACUGUGUAAAUUAACGGAAUCUUGUUGUAAGGAAGGAUCUUUAAAUACUUUUUGAUACAAAAAAAAGGCAUAUAAUUGAGUCUUUGAAAAAGACGAUUUUUCUCUGGCACACUAGUAUAGACGGAGUUUUCAAAAGUGCACCCAUUCCUCGUGCAAUUGUGGAUUGAAUUAAAAAAAGGGGUUCAAUCUUUUUCUUUAUUUUUUUUUCUUUUUUUUUCUGUUUUGGUUACUCAAAAACCAUUUCCGUACUGACUGCGCGCCACUGCUAACAUCUAAAUAAAGUAGUUUAAAUUAAUGACAGAUAUUGUGUGAAUAAGAGGAAAGCGUGAAUAUAAAUAAAUAAUUAAAUAAAUAAAUAAGAGAAAAAAAAUAGUUGACAAAGUAACACGAGUACUUGAGACUCUAUAAUAUUGUAGGAACCGACCGACUGUUACUUAAAAUUCAAAGGGUACUUUGUGGUGAGCAAUAUUAAUUGGCCAGAAUUAUGAGAUGAGGAGGAGGAGGAGGAGGAGGAGGAUCAUACAAUGGUUUAUAGUUUUCUGUCUCAGUGUUAUUUAUAGACUAGCUUCUGUUACUGGGAAUUUUAUAUAAACGGAAAAGUGCAGAGGAGAGAAGAUAAAUGGGGUGAAUAGCGAAUUUUAGUGCGAAAUUCGGCGAAGAAUUUUAUUACAAAUGCAAUUGCGACGAAAUGCAGUAGACAGUUACUCUGAGAAUGUUGCUCGAAAUUUGGUAAAGGUCGAAUGAAUCGAUUAUUUAUUUAUUGAAAGCGCAGUGAAUCGCGAUGCGGAUAAUCAAACUUGCAUCUCACGUACUUUAUACUGCAUUUGCCUUGAAUAAAUAGGUUAUGCUACAAAACUUAUUUUUAUGUAAUAUUUCCUAGAAUUUGUCAACACUGUAAAUAGCUUAAGGUUCCGUAUUUGUAAUAAAAAGAAACGAAAAAU